GCAUGGACCAACACCAACGGAAAAACGAAAGCAAAAAUAUCGGAAAAAGAAGAAGAGGAAGAAGAAGAAGAAGAAGAAGACCAAGAAGACCACAAUUGCCGGUUGUGAAUGGAGCUGAUGUCUGCCCGCGUUCGUCCUUUUUCGGUCACGGAAAAAGAAAAAGAAAAAAACAAACGGGAGACAGAGGGCAGUAGGAUAUGGUGGGAAGUACAAUAUGGCCGGCGGAUGUGCGAGAUGGCGGGGGGUAAGAUAUGAAGGAGGGAAGAAGAAGACGAAAGGAGGGGGAGGAAGAGGAGGAGGAGGAGGAGAGAAGAAGAGGAAAGGCGGAGGAGGAGGAGGAAGUGAGGAGGAGGAAGAAGAAAAAGAUGGAGGAGGGGGAGGAGGGGGAGAGAAGAAGAAGACGAAAGCAGGAGGAGGAGGAGGAGGAGGAGGAGGACCUGCCGGUGUUGUAUGGCGAUGGCGGAAAAAAAAAAGGAGGACGAAGAGAGGAGGAGGAGGAGGAGGAGGAGGAAGAGGAAGAGGAAAGGAGGGGGACAAAGAGGAGACAAGAAGAAGGCGAACACAGAGAGAGAGAGAGAGAGAGAUCCCGCUGACACGUGGCAAGAAAUCGGGAGGAGGAGGAGGAGAGAAGAAGACGAAAGGAGGAGGAGAGAAGAAGACGAAAGGAGGAGGAGGAGAGAAGAAGACGAAAGGAGGAGGAGGAGAGAAGAAGACGAAAGGAGGAGGAGGAAGAAGAAGAUGAAAGGAGGAGGGGAGGGAGGAGGAGGAGGAGGAGGGCCUGCCGGCUUUGUAUGGCGAUGACGAAAGGACGAGGAAGAGGAAAGAAGAAGACGAAAGGAGGAGGAGGACGAGGAGGAGGAAGAGAGGAGGAGGAAGAAGAAGAAGAUGACAGGAGGGGAAAGAGUAGGACCGGGCCGUUUUGUAUCGCGAUGACGAAAAAAAAAAAAAAAAGAUGAGGAAGGAGGAGGGGAGAGAGAGAGAGAGAGAGAGGGCACACUUACUUCGAGGCGUGGCAAAGAGGUCGGGGCACGACUCACGACGGGCAGCAGCGAGGUCGGACACGAGGCGCGGUAGCGAGGUCGACGACGGCUUCGAGGCAGGGCACGAAUCACGACGGGCGGCAGCGAUGUCGAGCGCGACUGUGGACGGGCGAAGUGGAGGGCGCCCGAGGGGGGAAAGGCAGCCUCCACUUUCGAAUUCCAACACGAAUACGGGGCGCGAAAGGAGGCAGGGGGGAGAACGCCCUUGAAAAAAUAAAAAAAAUAAAAACAAAGAGGCCCUACACGC